AUGCCCACGCUCGGCCCCUCGCUGCUCUUUGCAGCCGGCCUCACCCUCGGCAUUGCCGGCGGGUACUUUGGGGGUCGCGACAAGAAGGUCGCCCCUGCCUACCCGGUCGGAACGCCACUCCCAGCACCUCCCGAGGGCGGACAGGAGUUGCAGCGCCUGCCUAUCCCGACGUCCGCUGGGCCGGUUGUGUUGGCGGGUGGAUACCCUGGCCCUACGUUCGAUGUGAUCCGUCGACACGCGUACAUUACCGCGUACGACCGCCGUAUGCGCCACCCGGCAUGGACCGCCGAGCAUCUCACCGCCGAGUCGCUUCGCCGCACGCCGUCUGGGAACGGCACCAAGCCGGUCCCUCUGGACCAGGCCCGGGCGGCCGACACCGUCCCGGAAAAGGUUGAUCGCUCCAAGAGCACGUUCCAGGAGGACGAGAACAUCCCCGAGCUCUUCCGCUCCAAGCUCUCUGACUACUUCCGCAGCGGCUACGACCGCGGUCACAUGGUGCCCGCGGCCGAUGCCAAGAUCUCGCAGACGGCCAUGAACGAGACGUUCUUCCUGACCAACAUUGCGCCGCAGGUUGGCGAGGGAUUCAACCGCCACUACUGGGCCUACGUCGAGGACUUCUGCCGCCGCCUGACCACCAACUUUGAGGACGUCUACGUGUUUACCAUCCCGCUCUACCUUCCCACCCGUGGCGCCGACGGCAAGUGGCGUGUGACCUAUGAGGUGAUUGGCGAGACGCCCUCCGUUUCCGUCCCAACGCACUUCGCCAAGGUUGUCCUCGCGUCGCGCCCCGACUUCGGGUUCCCCCAGAAGCCCAACGCGUCGAACAAGGAGGUUACCUCUCCCAGCACCGUCAAGGAGCUCGCGAUGGGCGCGUUCAUCCUCCCGAACAAGGAGAUCCCGGACCAGGCCGAUCUCCGAACCUUUAUCGCGCCUGUUGAGACUGUUGAGCGCGCGGCCGGUCUCCAGCUCUUCAACGAGGACCUCAAGGAAAAGUCGCGCCAGCUUUGUGCGGUCACUCAGUGCUCGGUCGUCGUGCGCCGCUUCGACGACACGCGCAAGGAGUUUGCUAAGAAGAAGUAG